CUGGCGGUAAAAAGAAAACUGGAGAGGGUGAGGAAGAUGAUAUCUCAGUUCUUUCUGUUGGGGGCCCUGUGCUCCCUGAUGCUACUGCCAGGUUUGCUGGAAGCCACUUCUUUGAUGAAAAUCUUGAAACAGGAAGAGCCAGCAGGGCGGAUCCCCGUUGGCAUCGACUCGACCCGGGCAAACACGUUCCUCUCUCACUCCCGACCCAAACGCAACGCAGACCCACGGUGGUACCGCAACGCCCCCGACUUCCAGGCCUACUACCGCUACUACAACAACAUCGGGCACGUCGAGGGGCUGUAUGAGAUCGACCGGAUCAGAAUGGUGUACCAGCAGAUGCGCAGCCUGGAGCAUAUGUACGGCCCCAAUGCCUCCCUCUUCCAGAACAGCCUGGGCGUACCACCUGCCAAGUGUGACCCAUCCAAGGACAAGAAAUGCAAAAAAUACCUGCCCCCGCCUCCGGCCCCCCCCAGCACGGCGCCGCCCCCACCCCCGCUCUCCCUGGCGGACGUGGUCUACCUGUGCAACGCCAAAGACCCUCUGUGUAAGCCCCACAUUGUGUACCUGCCCACCGGGGCUGUUCCUGUGCUCUGCGAUCCCCGAUAUCACCCCGCCUGCAAACCCAAAAAAUCUGAGGCUCCUGCAGGACCUGCCCUACCUCAACGCCCUCCUCCACCUCCCCAAAAAUCGGUCCCUGCACCCCCUCCUCCCGCUCCCAAAAAAUCAGUCCCUGCGCACCCCCCACCCCCUCCUGCCCCCAUACACACCUACAAAGGAAUGGAGUACGACUGUGACUCUUACUGGGACCCUGACUGCCUGAUCGACCACCCCCCCAGGCCUGUGAAAGGGCAGCCUGCUCCCCCGCCCCCACCACCCAUCCCUGAGGAGGAGGAGGAAGAGGAGGAAGAGGAGGAAGAACCAGCGCCGCCCUCCAUCACCCACAUCAACAAGGGCAAAAAAUUAAGCCCUUACCCUGACUACCACCAGGAGCUCUAUGACCCUUACCGCUUCUCGUACCCGGCACCAGACAGCCAGUGAUGGCACUGCGGCCUGUCACUGAAGAAUAGAAUAUUUAAGGCA